AUGGUUCAAGCAUCGCCCUUCCUCCAGCGUAUCGCGGUGCGACGCACGCAUGAACCAGGGGUAUUUGAAGGAAUGCUUCCGCCGCUAAGCAUGGGAAAUGUGCGCCCUAUUGCGUACGGUGGCUUUGCUAUCGCCACAGCCAUUGUGGCCGCAGGACAUACGAUUCCUACACACACGCGCUUUGUUCCUUACUCCAUACUAGGCCACUUUCUCGGUCCCGGAUCCAUCGAUGUGCCCUUCGUGUGUCAAGUGUCGAGUAUCCGUGAUACGCGCACAUUCGUGACACGCAGUGUCAUUGUGAAGCAGCGUGUCCGAGGCAAGCACGGCGAGGCCCAACUCCGUAAUGUGCUAUCGAUUACACUCGAUAUGAUUGCGUCGCCCAGAUCCGAACCUGCUUACAUGGAGGAGGCCAAGAAGCACCAUGUCGACGUGUCGUGUGUCGGAUCCCUACUGAGAUACGAUCCCGCUCCGUCGUGGAAGAUUGACGAGCCUAAUGAACACAGCGAGACACCCGAUACCUACUUUUCGCGCCGUCUUCAAGAGGGCACGCUUGACAAACAGAGCAUGGCCAUAUACAACAAGAUCAUCGGCCUAUGGCAUCAGAUCUUUGAUACGGUGCCUGUGCCUAGCAGCAUGAUGCUCCAGAACCUUUUGGGCAUGGUAAAAAUUCCAACGUCACAAGACCACCUCACGAUCACGGAUCGCCGCUCUUUCGACUGGAUGCGUAUACAUGAUGCCCUCCCAUGUGCCACGGGGACCGAACCGGCGCACGGCACAAGCGAGACCAAAGACAUGCUGCCCAUCUCGCCCGUCAUGGCUCACGCCGCUACGAUGGCCUUUGCUUUAGACGGCGCCUUGGCCUUUGCACCUCUGUCCCUGGGAAAGAAGAGCAUGCUGGAUGCCUCUGCGGCCUCGACGCUCGAUUUUGCCACGCGCUUCCACUCGGAUGUGCUGGACAUGAAUCAGUACCUGCUGCGUGAGAUCCGACCUAUCCAGGCUGGUUGGCAGCGCACGUACAGUGAAGCGCGUUUGUUUGACACAAACGGCCAUCUCGUGGCUACCUGCACACAGCAAGGCGUGCUUCGGCCUGUUCAGGAGGGCGCCAUGGCCACGCCUGCGGAUCCACCCCACUAUGCCCCCACACCGAAACUGUAG